GGAAGAUGGCGGCUGCGGGGCUGUGGUGGCGCGGAGUGCGCGGCCCCUGUGUGUCCGGCGGCGGGCGGUUUUUCAGCCGUGGGCCAAAUGUGCUGCAUCAAGACAUUACUGCACCACAAGCUGCGUUCUUCCCACCGCUUCAAAAAGUGAUGUUGCCACCAAAUACCUUCCAAGGGAAAGUGGCCUUUAUAACUGGUGGAGGUACUGGGCUCGGCAAAGGGAUGACAACAGCUUUGUCCAGUUUAGGUGCCAAGUGUGUUAUAGCAAGCAGGAAGCUGGAUGUUUUGAAAGGAACAGCAGAUGAAAUUUCUUCUAAAACAGGGAAUAAGGUUCACGCCAUCCAGUGUGAUGUGAGAGAUCCGGCCUCAGUUAAGAAUGCUGUUGCUGAAACAAUCCAAGUGGCAGGACAUCCUGAUGUUGUGAUAAACAAUGCAGCUGGAAACUUUAUUUCCCCUUCUGAACGACUUUCUGCGAAUGCCUGGAAAACAAUAACUGAUAUUGUACUUAAUGGUACGGCUUUUGUAACUCUGGAAGUUGGAAAGGAGCUCAUUAAAGCACAAAAAGGAGCAGCAUUCCUGGCUAUUACAACAAUUUAUGCAGGGAGUGGUUCAGGAUUUGUGUUGCCGAGUGCCUCUGCCAAAGCUGGUGUAGAAGCAAUGAGCAAGUCUCUUGCGGCUGAAUGGGGUAGAUAUGGCAUGAGAUUCAAUGUGAUUCAACCAGGUCCAAUAAAAACAAAGGGUGCUUUUAGCCGCCUUGACCCAACAGGUGAAUUUGAGAAGAAGGCAAUUGAGAGGAUUCCCUGUGGUCGCCUGGGAACCAUAGAAGAAAUUGCAAAUCUUGCUGCCUAUUUCUGCAGUGACUAUGCAAGCUGGGUUAAUGGAGCAGUUAUCAGAAUGGAUGGUGGAGAAUAUGUUUCUAUAGCAGGAGAAUUCAAUUAUUUGAAGAGGGUUACCAAAGAGCAGUGGGAUAUGAUGGAAGCAAUGAUUAGAAAAACAAAAGGCUCCUAAAGUACAUAACUUUAUGGCAGAGAUUCUUGGAAAUGAACCACUACUUUUUCAUUAAUAUUUAGAAAUAACCAACUGAGAAAUGGCCUUCAAAAUCUUUUUUAUAGUAAUUUCAAUAAAAUGUUUUGAAAUUGUUCUAUUUUGAAUAUAGUUUGUAUAUUUUUCCAGUCUGAAAUCUAUUCUGUUGCCAGUAGUGAACAAUUGUUCACUAAUACUUUGUUGAUCUUUAGAUUGUCUUAUAUAGCCAUGCCAUGGUCUACAUUCAGCCUGUUUUUUAUCUUUCUGAGGAAUUUUUUUUCUCAGAUAUAUGCAAGUGUCUCUUAGUAUUAUAAUAGCAAUAGCAUUUCAGUGCUAUCAUAACUGAAUAUAAUCAUUAAUCUGAAGAAACAAAAUAUUAAAUCCUAAUCUUCACACUUGAAUAAGAAAUUCUGAACUUGCAAAUACAGUUUCAUGUUAUUAGCAAGACUGCAUACACUAAGAAAGGAUGUAACUCCUGUUGUUACUUAGGAAAUCUUGAAACACAUAACCUGUCUUGGUCUUAUCUUUUGUGACAUUUUCAGUCUGUUAAUUAUCUUACUCUGAACUUUAAAAAUGACAUUUGCAGACCUGCAGGGCCUUUCUAAGGAGCUUGCCCUUUGUUCAUGAAAUGAACGCGAAAAUGAGAAACCAAAAAUCAUUUCUUAUUACAUAUGUGUGACUAUAGCAGCUCUCCAUAAAAAGUGUUUUAUUUAAAACUAUUUAAAGGGAUGUUGGUAAAUUUGGACUGAAAGUGUUGAAACCUUAUUUGUUGAAAUUUACAGAAAAUCCUUAGGUUUCAUUUGCAUUCACAGGCUGGUAUUAAAGAAACUUUUAGAUGGCAUUACCUCUGAAUCUAGUCUGUUUAUCCAUCCCAGAUAAGCAGGUGAUAAAAACAUUGCUCCCACUCUUUUAUCCAAAUUUAGAGAGUUGGUAGAUUUUGUCCCUCGUACCUCAGACAAUGGCUGGAAUUCUUCAAUGAAAGUAUCAGCCUCUGGCCUUUACAACCUGAAAUGCCAACAUCUGACUUUGAAAUCACUUGAUUGCCUUAUUACAAAUCUGAAGCAAGCCAAGAUGUGUUCUGCUGAAAGUGUGGACUGUAUUGGUGCAGGCUUCCAUGUGCCUUUCUCCUGUGAGUGACCACUAGCCACUGAUAAUAAAACAAGUAAACUGAAUUUGUCAUAGCAGCCUUUAAGGUGUCCUUGAGCAUAAUGUAAUGCUUUUUUUUUUUUUGUUAACUUGGGUUUGGUAGGUGUGUUGUCAGGAUCAAAUUCUGACAUGAGAGCCAUCUCCUUGUAUGGGACACAGUUGGAUGUAAGACUUAGACAUUUGAAAAAAAGUGCUCCAGAAAAAAAUCAAAUGUAAGGUUGUGAGAUGUGGUAACAUCAAGUAUUUCUCUGGAGUGUCUAGUAGGUUGUCACCUGGUGACAGGCUGUCAAUAAAAAUAUGUUCCCGUCA